AUGCAAUGUGGUGGUGGUGGUGAUCACGGACACUUAAUAUUGGGGACUCCUACUAUCAUAUUUAAUCCCGUUACUCGAGAAUUUGUUAGGCUUCAUGGAACUAAUGCUAACAUACAAGGUCUCCAUAUUUCCGUAGCAGCUGGAUUUGGCUAUCAUCAUUCAACUAACGAGUAUAAGGUCGUAAGAAUCUACGACGAAUAUAUUGGAAACGUGUUGCAGUUGAGAAAAAGGGUGAGGAAGGUCCAGGUAUACACUCUUGGUGGUGGUGGUGGAUGGAGGUACAUAGGGAAUGUACGGUACACAUUUUACUUCCCAGGUAUUAACGCAAACGGAUCUCUUUAUUGGGUAGAUUAUAGUACUGGAGGGAAGAUUAUAGCUUUUGAUUCGAGGGAUGAAGAGUUCCAAUCGAUCUCGACACCGCCACAAAUUUCCAUAUCUCUUAAUUCACAAUGCACAACAAUAUUGUCUUUUAGACUGCGAGUUUUGGGAGGGCACUUAUGCCUUGUUCAUCAAAAGCCCGGAAUUUGUGUGGAUAUAUGGUCACUGAAGAAAAAGAAAAGGACUAAUUCUAACGGUUGCAGCGUCCAAAGCGACAAGGGAAAUUUUUGGUUAUGGACUAAGGAGUUUAGCAUCACAUGGGAAGCUUCGUUUAGGGACUAUGACCUUAUCACCAUUACAAAGAGCAAUGUGGUUUUGUUGCGUUGCAAUUUCACUACUCUCUAUUGUUAUGACCUGAAAACUGAACUUUUAAGCAAGCUUUGGAAGGACGAUGCAAAUUCCACAAUUUUUGACGCAACUCCACAUACGAACAGUUGUAUUUCACUGAAAGACCUUGGUGAAAAAAUUCUGUGA